UUUUGGGUCUUAUUUCGUUGAACGGUCUCCAGAGGAAGCGGCCUCAAGCUUUUUGAGAAUUUAAUUUGCCUUUGCAACCAUGAAGCUGGAUGUUAAUGUGUUGAGAUAUUUAUCCAAGGAUGAAUUUCGUGUACUCACAGCAGUGGAAAUGGGCAUGAGAAAUCAUGAAAUUGUACCAGUAGAGCUAGUGGAUCGAAUUGCUGGUCUUAAGCAUGGUGGCACCUAUAAGAAUUUGAGAACAUUAUUAAGGCAUAAGCUUGUGCAUCACGAUUCAUCCAAAUAUGAUGGUUUUCGUCUAACCUACAUGGGGUAUGACUUUCUUGCUAUCAAGACAUUUGUAAUCCGUGGUGUGAUUGUUGGUGUUGGCCGCCAGAUAGGCGUUGGGAAGGAAUCAGAUAUUUUCGAGGUGGUCACAGAAGAUGGAAGAACACUUGCAAUGAAACUACAUAGAUUGGGCCGGACAUCAUUUAGAGCUGUUAAAUCAAAGCGUGACUAUUUGAGGCAUCGUACCAACUAUAACUGGCUCUACCUAUCACGAUUGGCGGCUCUUAAAGAAUUUGCCUUCAUGAAGGCAUUGGAAGAACAUGGCUUUCCAGUUCCCAAUGCAGUGGAUUGCAAUCGACAUUGUGUCUUAAUGUCGCUUGUUCCAGGUUAUCCUCUGGUUCAAGUUAAACAACUGCAGAAUCCUAGUGUAGUAUUUGAAACCAUAGUUGGGUUGAUCGUUCGCAUGGCAGAACAUGGACUCAUUCACUGUGAUUUCAAUGAGUUUAAUAUAAUGAUAGAUGAUGAUGAAAAGGUCACCAUGAUUGACUUUCCACAAAUGGUUUCUGUUUCUCAUCGCAAUGCACAGAUGUACUUUGAUCGUGAUGUGGACUGCAUAUUCAAAUUUUUUGAAAAGAGGUUCAAUAACUCGCCUGAUGAUGACUCUGGCUUUUUAGAAGGAUCUGAUACUGACUCUGAGGAUGAAAGAAGACCCUGCUUUGAAGCUAUUGCGAAAAAUGCCGGAUCCCUGGAUAAGGCACUUGAAGCAAGUGGGUUUACAGAACGGACCCAGGAUGAAUUAGAAAAGUUUGUGUUUGACAAGGCUAAUAAUGGUGACCAGACAAGUUCUGAUAACGAGGAUGAUUUGGAAGAAGAAUAUUCUUGCCACAAAUCUGAGUUCACUGGGGACAUUACCAGUGGUAUUGAUAAUCUUUCAGUAGAUGUUAAUGGAGAUAAUCAAAUGAUAUCAAGUUGUGGACCAAUUAUAGAUGAUAAAUCAAAUGACAGAAUGGAUCCCAUUUCUGUUACUAACGAUGAAUAUGAUAUGGCCCAACAUAUUGCUGCAAAGGAUCCAAAUAUUUCAGCCAGUUUUGCUGGACAAGAAGGAGACGGUGAAUCUGUUACAAGUGAUGAUGAUUCUGAACUUGAUAGACGCUUGGAUAAGCAGAGACGGCGAGCAGUUGCAGCAGCCCAUAGUGCCAAGGGGUCAUAUGCCUCUAGAAAUCAUUCCAAGGACAAAGGUGGGCGGAGAUCCCGAAAUGCAAAUAUACAAAUGAAGUCUGCUUUUUGGUGAAGGGUGUUAGCUUCUAAGUCCAAGCUGGUGGGAUGUACGGCUCACUAUUAGAUCUGAUUUUUUAAUUAAAGUAGAUGUUAGGCAGUUUCCUUCCCCCGUUAUAGUCUUUUUGGCAUGUACUAACUAGUCUGUUAUUCUAUUAGCAACGUUUUUUUUUAGUGCAUGUAAAAUUCAUAUUUCUAAUUUGAAAUCUUUUUCCCAAAUUCGAAGAAA